AUGGGGCGAGCGCUCCGGAGCUUGCCCUUAACGGCCAGCAAGCCGUUGGAGGACGCGGCUCGUGUGUGCAACUCCCUCUUGAGAACCAACGCCCGAGCUCUGGGUGACAGCCGUUUAUCGCUUUCGCGGUCUGUCACCCAGCUUGAGCUGUUGAACGCUCGCAUGGACGGUACCGCCAGAGGUUUCGCGAAAUCCUUCGGUGCGGGUUGGCAUCGCACGGAGGGGGGGGGCACCUAGGUGGAGAGGGGGGUGGAGAGGGGGGGGGGGGGGGUACGUCGACGUUGUGGUGGCUCCUGGCCCAGACAAGAGGAUGGAACAAUUUUAACAGUUUUGUGCGCUGGGGGCCGGACAUCGCGACGUCAAGCGUUAUGGCAGGGUCGCUCGCAAGUUCUUUGUCGGGGCUGGGUAGGUUCGUCGGCGGGCUGCUGUGCUUUCGUACGUGCGCGAUCAGCUGUUUUUCCGGCGUGUACUCGUAGGCAGUAUUUCGUAUUUCAGUAUUUCGCCGGCCGAGGAAGGCGUGUAGAGGCCACUGAUUCCGCCGCCGCUAAGCAAUACAGUACCAGUAUAAGACAAGCCUGAUUUUUUAAGUUAUGUAUGUAGCUUUACGCAGUGUCUGCCCUUUGAACGAGCGUUUGGUGGUGGACUGCUGUCCAGCGGUAUAUUCCUCCCCAAUGUAGGGGUGCAUGUUUCCCGGUGUGGCGGGCGAAUCGAACGGCGGGUGCGGACUUGCUUGUCGAAGAGAUCACACAGUAGCAAGGUAUUUUUAGAAAACUUGGCUGGUGCCUGUCCAUCUCUCGCGGGAAUUGUUUUCACGCGGAUCCUCAUUUUUUUUUUAUUUGUAUCCGGGUGUGUGUGCGGUCAUACACCGCUAUUCGUUCUGGGCUCUGGGCUUGCGGGCCGCCGUGGGUGUGUUAGGGUUGUGAUUAGGAUCGUGAAGUGCACUCUGUUCGUACCGCUCUCUCCUUACAUGAGCGUCGACGUUAAGGGGGAGCCAUCCUCGCGAUCAUUUUCGCGGUACUUAAGCUCUCCGCAGGGUGUGCACCCUACUGUCCUACCAACGUAGAUGAAAUACUUUUGUGUCCCCUAUCCCCUAUCCGCGUAGGUAGGUGGUCCGAGAGUGUUCGAAUACGCCUUGAUUUGUUUUGGUUGCUGUCGAAUUGGUUCGGAGGAAACAGGAGUUGUUGCUGCUGUCGUUGGCCGGGUGAUUUUCUGUCACUUGUUUGUGUAUCCGCUCUUAUGUAGCCGUAUUGGUUGCGAUUGGCUUUAAACUAAAUAAGUCUACACAGGGUUUGAAGAAGGCAACGUUUUUUACGAUCCACCCAAUACCCCAAAACUAGAAAAAGGGGUGUAUCUG